UAAUAAAAACUCAGCUAAACUCAAAGCUGAGAAUGAACAUAAAACGCUCUUGUUUUGCCCGCCCAGGCGCGGCCUUUAACCCAAAAUUCAAAUUUGAUUUUUGAGUUUCUUUCUCUCUCUCUCCCUCAGCUCCAGACAUUACUGUUAGAUCUCUACACUUGAAAGUCCAAACAAAACAACAACGUUAUUUAAAACUGCUUUAAUUGAACUAAAAAUCUCUUCCUCUUCAUUAAACCAAUUAAUUAUCUAAUUCAACAUCCAGUCGAUCCGCAAAUGGCAAACUCCGAUUCUUCAAUUCCUCCUCUUCCUGCUUCUGCUCCUCUCGCUCCUAGGAAGGAGAACGUAACUCAGAUUGGUUCCAAGAUAGAGGAAUUAAAUGAAUCAAGGACAGAGCUUCUUAAUAGAAUUCAAGGCUUAAAACAGGAUUUGCAAAAUUGGAGAUCAAAGUUGGACACUCAAGUGAAAAUCUAUCGCGAUGAAUUAUCAGAUUUGAAGAAAUCACUGAAUGUUGAGGUGGAACAACUUCGAUCAGAAUUUCAAGAGCUUAGGAGCACACUUCAGCAGCAACAAGAAGAUGUUACGGCUAGCCUGAAAAAUUUGGGGCUUCAGGAUAGCCCAGGAGAUGCUAAAGAGGUGGUCAAAGAUGCCAAAGUUGAAGUAAAAAAUGAAGAAGCACACGCUUCGACUGAGGAGUAUACUGAUAAAAUCACAAUUGCGUAGAUGUCUAGCACGAGCAUGACUUUUAUAUGAAAUUUGUAUUGCUUGUCGUUGGCAUAUGUAUUUCAUUGAAAAUUCCUUUCAAUCUUCGUUAUCUUAUGGAUGCCUGACCAAUAUUGUUUCUAUCAUUCAUUGCCUUAUUCUUAA